AUGGUCAAAAGUCUUAUCCGUCGCAUAUUCAGUCAGUUGAAACAGUCACUUCCAAUUGAAUCUAACCAUUCCACAUUUUUGGAGGUAGAACAGGAGCCCUUUUUUGUCAACACUAGAUUAGCCCUAUUUAAUGCUGGAAUCACGCAAGGAUUGCAGCUGCUUAUGGAACCGUUGUUGGAGGUUAUUGAUACUAUAAUAACAAAGUACGGGCCUACGUCAACUCCAGUAACCGGGGUGAGCCCUACAGCAGGAGCAAAUACCAGUGCAACGCAAACAUAUUCCAUGGAAUUAUUACAUUCAUUGCUUGUACUUCUAAGGUUAUUUAACGAUAUUGCACAAGUGACUUGGGAGGUAUAUGAACAAGACAAAACCCCUCAGGUAGGGCACUAUCCACAGUUACCAGGGUUUAAUGAAAGUCUUUAUACCAAGUAUUCGAUUGGAUUUGCAACUGAAAGAGAACAUUUUCAUACCAUGGCACCUCCAAACUUGGAAUCCUCCAAUGCCAAUGCAUUGAUUAGAUUGUGCAGUAGUUUGAAGUCCAAUCAUCAUACCCUCAACAUACUAAAGCAGAUGGCAUGUUAUCUUUAUCGUUCGAGUAGAGUAUCAAGCCGUAUUCACCAUCUUGACCAUUCACAAUACGAGCAUGCUGGUUUAGAUGUAAAUCCGCUGCUUACCAUAAUAGACAUAAACUGUGAAACAAUUAUGAAAUACGUUGCCGCUUCUAAUCCUCAGGAAUUUUACAACUAUAUUAACCUCCGGAUUUUAAACCCACUACUAGUUACUCAAAUGUACAAUGAUACCGAUGUUGCACAAUAUUUGGACUCUUUCUCCUUUUACUUUGUUACUGAUAAAAAUCUAGCAACAUUCCUGGAUAUCACUGCCAAGGUGGUCAAUAAUUUUAAGAAAUCUGUUUAUUUAGAGGCACUUCUGACAUUUGUGUCUCACGCGAUGACUAUAUGGAUAUUUUCGCGACCCAGGGAAUAUUUGGAUGUUGUUGAUGAUGUUAGGCAUAGACCAGAUGAGCUUUAUACCCAGAAAAUCAUAAAGGAGUCUUCCUACUUAUUCGAGGAGAUUUAUGCUACGUUUAACGUAGCAUCUAUAUUAAUGGAGUCUCCCGCUCUACAUGGUAAUGCAUCGACUGCUUCAACUCCAACUAGCGGAUCUGCACACUCUGGUGUUACAGAUACGUUGUCUCCUGCGAAGCCUCUGAGUGCGAAUUCCCUAGCUAUUAUGAAUUCCAACAAUACGACUAUAAAGCCUUUUGAUGACGCUGGACUUCAUAAUAACAAAAACGACGCCACAGAGGCCUUUCCGCCUUAUUCAAACAUAUCAAACGGUCCAGAUUGUUCCGAAAGGAUGACUAAUAUAGCAGUGCUGAGAUUCCUUUCUUGCAUGAUUAUGUUACAUCCUGGCGCGUUUGAAGAGAUUAACUCCACCUCAUUUAAGAAUCUACCUGAUGAACCGCUGCUCAAUGAAUAUGAUUUAAGGGACGAAACCAGCCAGACCAUUUCCACGACCACAUCUGGAAGUGCUAGCUUAAAUUCUGAGGAAGCGAAGGCUAAAGGUGUUCAACAUCGUAGAUUGAAAUCUUUGAAGAAACUGGCCUCUUUCCCAUCUUUAACUACCAGCAAUCAUAGAGUCAAGUUCUUAACGACAUUAUUAAGAAAUAUCAACGGAACUCAAAUAGUCUCCGAUAAUUCCUUAUUAGACACAUUGCGAACCUUAAUUCUGAUUUCAAGAUUGUCUGUUUCACUGAUUUUACAUGAUAGGAAUACGUUCGUUACCUUUUUUAGCCGACGCUUAUUUUCUGUUUUAUGCGACAGUUUACAAAUCAGUAAUGAACAAUCUGCUAAAAGGAACCCGUUAAUUGUAAAAUGCUUACAAGCCCAUAAGGUUGCGCAUAUGAAGCUGCAAGUGGAGUAUUUUCCGGUGGCCUGCUCAUUGGAGCCAGAUGCAUUUAACAUUAAGUUGAAUGAAUACCUGGGGCAAAAGCAUGAAGGUUUGCAGCACUUGAAGAUGAUAACAGAAGGUUAUCGGGUUUUCUUCUCUUUGCCUAACACUCGGUCAUCGAAGCAUGAAGUAUUGUUCAGGGCUAUUGGCCUUUUGAGAAAAGCAGCAUUUGAGAUGUCAGAUGUUAUAAUCAAGGGUUCUCCGUUGUUUGAUGAUAGUAUAUCUGCAGCAAUUGACAAUCUAUGUGAUUACUCAGUUGUAUGUGAUUCUAAUGAUGGUGGCAUGCCUGAUAUUGAUUCUCCUACCUCAGAAUUUUUUACUUUAUUCGUCCCCAGAGAUGCUCCUGAGAAUCUAUCCCAGACUCCGUCGAUCCCAUCGUUUUCUUCAGCUAGCAGCGUGCACAGUGAAAAACAGCAACCUUUCCUUAACUUUCCUCCAAAUAGAUUUGAGAUUGAAGUCCCAAAUGUUAACAGGCCAGCUGGGAGUUCCUCUUCCAAUUUGCUAGUUAAGUUAGCAUCAAUGUCUACCUCUCCAUCAGAGACAGAGAAAUCUCAGUAUAGCAUACGUUCAGCGAUGGAUAGAAAUAUUAGGUCUCCCUUAAGAUUGACGUCAAGAUUAAGACGGGAGUCUCAAGAUUGUGUCACGCCGGUAUCGAACUAUACUAUUGUAACUUCUUCUGAAUCGGCUGAUAAUUCAAAAUAUGAUGCCAGUACACUACAGACCGCUCGUGAAAUUUUAGUGAACGUGUACAGCAUAUACAGAGACAUGAUGCAUUACUUCCUCUAUUUUUCAAUUGCUGAAAACCUUGAAAUUUUACAAACCGAUAGGUUACAAGAAUUCGUGAAGCCCCUCUAUGUAGCGCUCUUUGAAGACAGUUCAGAAGUUCAUGAUGCUGUGGUAUCUUACUGCGAUAUGGGAAUAUCUUACAUUAGUCAAACUGAAGAGUUCACUGCGGCUUCUUAUAUGCCUUUAGUUUAUAGAUUGUCUGGUUACCUGGUCACCUUAUUGUCUGCUACACUCUUUAACUUAUCUCUAAGUGAUGAAAAAAGGGAGAGAUUAUAUUCAUACGUCACUACCUAUUGGGAAUUUAGACUUGAUAUUUUGAAACGUUUUGAUCAAGCAGGAGAGCUGUUGGCUUUAAAGGACGAGAAUAUGAUGACCUUCCCUUUAAUCCAUGGUGCUACUGGAAGGGCACUCUUUUCCUCAUUGUAUUCGCACGAUCCCAGAAUCCAUAAGUUGUUGAAAAUAGGUUUUAAGUUAUUUGCUAAAGAGCUAGAUUAUCACGAAAGAAUUACCCAAAGUGAUUGUUUUUCUCUUUAUUCUAAUAAGGAGUUUAUAGAUGCCAUGUGUCGUGAUUCCUAUGUUGCUAUCAGUGCCCUUGCUUUCCAACGUCGCUUAAGGAGUGAUAUUCUAGCUUAUGUUAAAUACCCAAACAGAAUCUUGUACGAUAGUCUGCGCUUAAUUUAUAAUCGAUGGUACUUCAUGUCGAAAGAGAAAAAUUUAUCUCAAAGAGAAUUAACCAACUUCCGAAAUUUUGCAGGUUUUAUUGCUACCUCGUGUGGUGUGUUUCUAACUAAUGAUACUGAUCUGUUGGCUAGAUUCCCUUAUCUCGCCGACGUGAGGAAUUCGGUGGUGGACAAAAUAGAUUAUUUCAUUUACAAACAAUGCCAAUGUAUUAACAACGAGGAUCUUUUAACAAGGGAAAAUUCUAAGGACAUUAUAAGUACUGAACUGCAUCCUCUAGCAUUUGCGACUUUAUUCAAACAUUUAAAGAAGAAAAUCAGUGAUUUAAGUUCUGUUGAUGUUACAUUGCGGGAAAAUAAAUUGUCCUUUGUAUUAUUGGAGCAAAUUAUUUUGAUUUUAAGAGUUAUUAUGGAGCGAGAUGAUGAAAUGGAUGUGUUGAUUUGUGUCUCGCUCGAUUUAGUUGAAUUAAUUGAGGAAAUAUUUAAAAUUAUUGAGCAAAUCCCGCAUGAUUCUCCCAAGUAUUAUAAGAGCAUAAUCCAGAUUUGUAAAAUGCUGAGAUCCUUUGAACACUCUGAGGAGAGCGUUUGUAUAUCAGGCUACAUGUUGAUAAAAAAUAAAUGGCUAAGAUUGACAAUACAAUGGUUUGAGAUAACUAUAUUAAAGGAAUACGAUUUAGAAAAUUUAGGCAAGCCUCACCGCAGUAUGGACUUACAAAGGCGUGAUUUAGACUACUUAUACAUUGACACUUCGAUUGAAUCAUCUAAAGCGUUAGCGUAUUUAACUAAAGAGCUCGUUUUAGAAGCUCCUCAAUCAAUGUCUGAAAAGGAAUUGUCAAGAUCAAAGGAAGUCGUAUUCGGUAAUUACUUUAAUAUUCUGCUGAAGGGUUUGGAAAAGAGUACGGGUAUAAAAAAGUUCCCCCCAACUCUCAGACAUAAGAUUGGGUUAUUAAAUGAAAAUAUAAUAACAUCUUUGACCAACAUUUUGAAUUAUAAUGUUGAUGUUGGUUUUAAGUAUGCACUGCCCAUUGGAUAUUCGCCAAAUAGGAAUAUCAAACUCGCUUUUUUAAAGGUAUUCGUGAAUAUCGUUUCCAAUUUUGAUAUCAGUAGGCAAAAGCUUCGUGAACAAAGUAAUGAAGCUAUAGAUCGGUUGACUAUUCGUGCAAUUGAGGAACCGCAUUUAAUUUCAAAGGCUGUGAGAGUAUGUCCAGCUAACGAUAUCGAUGCGCUGGCAAGCUCUCUAGUCACUAUUUACAAUGUCAAAAACGUCGGACAUCUACUAGUUAUUGAAUUAAUAAGAGAUGAAAUCAGCCGCGCAACAAGGUACAUGGAUGUCUUAAGGAGGAAUAGUUGUGCUACAAGAGCAUUAUCUAUGUUUUCUAGAUUAAAAGGCGGUGCCUAUUUAAUCAAUGUACUGAAACCAGUAUUAGAUGAAGUCGUUUCAACUGGAGAAAUAUUUGAUGUUGAAAAAAUACCUCCAAAUGAUCUAGACUGUAAUAGAAACGUGUUGUUGUUUUGUAAAUAUAUGAGCAAGUUGGUCGAUUCCAUUGUUAACUCAGUUGAAGACUUCCCACCAGAGUUCUUUGCCAUUUGUCAAGCUAUUUAUACAUCUGUGAAAGCAAAGUUCCCUGACUCAGCCGAAAUUGCUGUUGGCUCGUUCAUCUUCUUGAGAUUUUUUUGUCCAUCCUUGGUGAGCCCCGAUUCAGAAGGUAUCAUUGACACUUUCAAUCCCAAAGCAAGGCGUUCUUUUAUGAUACUUGCUAAAGUCAUACAAAAUAUCGCUAAUGGCUCGGUUUCUUCUUUGAAAUGGCCGGCGCUUCAGAACGAAGCUGAGUUUUUAAGGUUGAUCAGUGAUAGAAUAUUCUGUUUCUUAAGGGAAAUAUCCGCUCCAAAUCGAAAGCUUGAAAUUCAUACAACUCUCGAAAACAAGGUUACAGUGGAUGAGUUCCAUCUAAUACAUAAAUAUUUGUAUUAUCAUGGGCUGGAUAUUCGGAGGGAGUUCAUUAAUGAUAUUAAAAGCUUCGAAGAUUUAGUACGCCUGAAAGAAUCCUGUAAGCUAACUGAUAACCUUCUUUCAUUGCUUGGACAGCCACGUAUGGAGUUUAAAAGUGCAAUACCCUUAUACAUUAGAGAAAAUGUGGAAAACAAUCCAGAGUUGUAUGAUUUUAUGAGCAGGCACUCCUUAAAGAAUUUAAGGGUCGAAGAUACACCUUUCGUUCGUGAAGCUGUAUCACCAGAUGGCUUCCCAAUUGUUAUUUUCACGUGGCAUCAAUGUGAUCAGGUUCCUGGGGGCGAUGUUGAUAUCUUGAUGUAUAGAGUUUUCCAGAUUUAUUCGAAGCUAUGGACUACAAAGCAUUAUUGUGUUGCAGAUUGUACUGGUUUUGACUUGAAAAAAUUCAGCGAAGCCCGUAUUAAAAAAAUCCUAAAUUUGUUUUAUAAGUUGGUUCCAAUAGAAGCUGCUAAGAACUGUGCCUGUUUCUACUACCUUAAUGUUACAGAACAGUAUCUAAAUAUAUGGCUGCCAAUUGUUAAAUCGACUAGCCAGUAUUUAUCGCACAUGAACUGUCCACAUCUCUUUGUUAACUCAUCCUCUUCUUUAAAAUCAAUAAAGAAGCUCACUCUUUCAGAAUUCUCAUCAGAGGUAUGUGCCGAUGUUAGAGUUACACUGCAUGAUGCUUCAUUGUACGAUGAAGUACGGAUGAGAUUCACUCCUGUAACAUUGAAAAUCGGAAAUAAGCACUUUCAGAUGAUCCAUGAUACCCCCAAACGUAUCAAGAUUCCAACUUGGGAUGAAGUUAUUGAGGUAAACUAUAAUGAAGUGUUUGAAAUUUCAAAUAUUAGAUCUACUGGAGUCUCAACUGAAGUUGGCGUACCGUACGAAUUAUUCAUUCUUAUGGAGGAUGGAAGGAAGUUGACGCUAUGUAGUCCAAGAUAUCUCGAAAUUUUAAAGAUCUUCUAUUACUCUCAAACAAGGUUAGAGGAUGAAUAUAGGGAAGAUGAACCUUCGGGAAUGUUGUCAAUUUCUGAGGGGCAUAAACCAAAAGGACUCACCUACAUGAUUGGUCAUAUAUUAAUGGUAGUAUUUGUUGGUUUGAAUAGUGAGGAUGAAGCUGUGGAGGCAGUUGCUUAUAACUUACUUGCAGCCACACAGUCUACUUUUGAACUAGAUUAUGGUCAUAGAUUGACGCUUUCUCCUGAAGUUUAUGUUCCAGCGGAUAACUCAGCAUUCUAUACUUCUGUAUUGAAUGGAUUAGCUGUUUCAGCACCUGAGUUAUCUGAAUGUAUCUGGGUUUAUUCGCUUAAUAUGUUGGAGAAUGUGUUAAGUGAAAAGCAAAUACCGAUCCUACUUUUCGCUUUAUCUUCCUGGACCAAAAAUCUAUAUGAGCAUGUAUACCUAGUUGAUGACGAAGAAGGACCAGAGAUUACAGCUCAGAUUGUUCGAAGGCUUAUUAGAUUAACGGCUAAACAUGAAACUCAUUCACUAAUUUAUGCACAAUUUGUGUGGUCUAAUUUUAUAUUAGAAGGAGAUUUGGUAGAACUGAUAUUUGAAGAAUUAAUCCACCAUUGUGUGGAUAGGGACUCUGAAGGUACUGAAUGGAAAAAAGUCCUCUUUAUUCUGACUAGGAUACCUACAACUGCGGUGUGCGGUUUAGUGGUAAACAAGAUUAGAAAUAUUUGUAAUUCGUUUCUUCCUACUCUAACACUAGAGGCCUCCACACAUAGUUGGUCUGAAUUGAUUAUUUCUGUUGAGAUGGCAGUUUCAUUAUUUUUUGAUUCUCUUCUGUUGUCACAAAUGUAUCUUCCAGAGGUACUUUGUAUUGUUUCAUUGUUAAUUGACGUUGGUCCCACUGAGCUCAGAUCAGCGUUACAUAGGCUCUUGAUGAACGUCUGUCAGUCUUUUGCUAACGAUGAGAUGUUGUCUGAAACAAACAAGCAGAAUAUAGAUACGGUGUCAAAUAUCUUUUCUCGUCAAAAGUUGAAGUUCAUGUUUGGCUUCAGUCAAGACAAAGGUCGCGUUUUACAAAACUUUAGUGCAUCUUCUUUCCUGACAAAGUUUACUACUUUGGAGUAUUUCAUUAAUAACAUGCUGAUGUUGAUAGAUAAUGCUUCAUUAACUGAUUCUUACUUCUGGAAGACAAAGUACGUGAAAUAUGUUUUGGAUGUCGUUAGCAAUGUUGAAUCAUUUUUAUCAUCCAGAGCAAUGAUGAUUAUGGGUAUUGUAGCUACUAGUGGGAUUAAGGACGGAUUAUGUCGGAAGUUAUUAUUGCAUACAAUGAAAAUAAUGGGUGCUCCGUGGUUAACCGAGGAUUUGUUGUUUUAUGCAAUUUCCCAUGUUUUUGCGUACACUAAAAUGGUUGGGGGUCUUGAUCCAACCUCAAAUUUAGUUCCUCAGCUGUUUUGGCUGGCCACUGCAUUUGUUCGUUCCCCAAAUGCUAUGCUUUAUCAAGGUGGGCUGUUACUUAUGGCCAAUAGCGCAAAGCGUUUAUGCCCCUCUGAAACAGCAUCUAGACAAGAAUCGAGAUCAAUCGUUAAAUAUUUAUAUGAGCAGCGUGCAUUUGCUCGUGGAAUAAUAGAGGACAUCGAAAGUGUACUUCACAUUCGACUUACGGAAGCCAAUUUCGACCAUGUGCUUAUAUACUUCAUUUCCAAAGGCUUGUUAGUACCCCUAGUUCGCAGUACCUCUACAGAAACACUCAUUACCUUUUUCAAGAUUUCUUAUAAUGAGUUACCAUAUCAUGGAAAUAAUCAUUAUCUGGUUUAUAUGUUGUUCGUAUUUUUGGUACAGCGACCAGAUCAUUACGAAAGGCUAGUAAACAAAGUGGGCUUAAAGUCUCAGAUGGUUUAUUUAGAUGACGUUACUAAGAUCAAUCAAUGUCUACUUGAUUGGUUAAAGAGUGAAAAUGAAAAUGCCACAAUUGCUUUGUACCAGUGCGCCUUGUAUUUUACGUCCCGUAACGCUGAUGAACCUAGUAAACUAAGGUUUCUAUUGUUGUUGAAGUAUUUGGCCAGUAAUUCCCCAUCGAUGGUCUUCAAAGUCUAUCCAAUUAUCCGUGAAGAACUUGGCAGAAUAAAUGCAUAUGAUAGGACUAGUAACACUGUGGGUGUUGCUUUCUUUGUUAUAAGAUUAAUGGUGGUACAACGUGAUUAUCUAAAGCUUGAUGAUAUCGACUUGGAUAUGAAGAAUUUCUUAGAACAAAAAGGUUUAACAGGGAUUUCAGAUAUUGAGUUUGAGACUGCUACUAAUGAUUAUAUGUCACUGAAUAAACUUCAAGCCGAGAAGCUUUACCAAAGAAAACAACAGCUUGUGAAAAUUAUUAAUAGAAUAAUCCUCUCAGGAGAUUGA